UUGCGUGUCCCCGCGCCUCGCACACCUGUUACCUGGUGUUUCACCGGAGAUCACUGAUUACCUGUAUGAGGAGACGACCGGAUCCGUAUCUUACCUCCUAGGCUCCUAAUAAUCUAUCGGCGAGGGGUUAGAUGGAGAGAUUAUACGCAUUUAACUAGUUCAGUGACUGCGUAGCAUUGACUGUAAUGUGACACAGUGUUACCUGGAAAUCAUUAGUACAUGUGGAAACAACCGACGACACUAGAACCAAUACUAAUGCGACUGGAAUCCGGAGGGUGACACUUCGUAUUGAAAUAAUAGGACCCUUUUCAUUUUCGUGACUGUGGCACCCGGGGAAACUUCCAAACUUCCACGAGAAGAUACGCACCUUCUUUGGGAGACAUCGCAGCGAUAUCGCCUCCUCAUCACUCUCCGGCCCCCAACCAGGAUCGGACUGAUCUUCCUUGAUUUCCCACUCAUGGCCCAGGAAACCCCACAGAUCCCCGAUGAUUCCUUGUUCUUGUCUUUCCGGACGCAGUGCGAGUCAAAUGAGGGCUGGGUUUGUACUUACAGCAAGUCGGGAACUGGAGUAUGGCUGAAACCCCCUACUGAUAAGGCGUCACUCAUACACACCGUCAAGGGUUGUAUGACGUUUCCAGAUGUAUCAGCUGACACUGUAUAUGAUGUCCUACAUGACACUGCAUAUCGCCGGAAGUGGGACCUGAGUAUGAUCGAGACACGGGACAUUGCUCAGCUUUCUGCCAAUGCCGAUGUGGGGUAUUACUCAUGGAAAUGCCCCAAGCCACUAAAGAAUCGUGAUGUUGUCACUCUUCGUUCAUGGCUUCUUCUGGAUGAGUUUUACAUGAUCAUCAACUUCUCUGUCAAGCACAAGCUUUACCCUCCACGUAAGGACAUGAUUCGAGCCGUCUCUCAUCUUGCUGGAUAUCUGAUUAAAAUUACUGGUCCCAACAGCUGCAUACUUACAUACCUGGCACAGGUAGACCCCAGAGGUUCAUUACCAAAGUGGGUGGUGAAUAAAUCUUCCCAGUAUUUGGCACCAAAGAUCCUACGAAAACUUUACAAGGCCUGCGUUCAAUAUCCAGUUUGGAAAAAGAAGAAUCAGCCUGGUUUUAAACCAUGGCUCAACCCUGAGCAGAACACUCUACCUCGCUUGGCCCUCAAUGAGCUGUCCCUGCAACGAGCAGAGUCUUUGGAACAUGUGGAUGAAAGUCGGUUGUGUGAAGUGAAAGAGGAAAAAUGCAACAGUGAUGAUGAUGGUUAAGGGAGAUAGGAGAAUAACAUUCAUUAAUGAUACAAUGAGGGCUAACUUGUCCUGGACACAAGAAAAAAACAAAAACCUUGGAGUAUCUCAAACAGUGAUCUCACUUGGUGUAAAUUCACAUGGACCUGAGUGUCUCACAGUACAACACAGCUGGAAGGGAGUUGAUCCAAAACUGAUAUUAUUAAUCCAAAGGGAGUGUGUGCCUUAAUUUUCCUUCAAUGAAUAAAAUUUUAUUUUCUGUUCGGCAAGGGUUCUAUGUGAGAACCAAUUUUCAAGUUACUACUUGCCGUAGCUCAUCCUGUUGUAAAACCACAUAUAUAUUACACUUUCUCCGUGUUUA